AUGACUGAGCUCUACUCUCACUCUCUCAUUGUCGGCGCAGGCUUCUCUGGCGUGGCCACUGCAAUCAAGCACAUCAAGGAGUGGAACAACCCCGACUUCCACAUCUACGACAGAGACUCGGCCUUUGGAGGCACCUGGAAGGCCAAUACCUAUCCUGGCUGUGCCUCGGACGUUCCUGCCAUCUUUUAUUGCCUUACCUCAGACCCCAAGAUUGAUUGGAGCCACAUGUACCCCUUCCAGAACGAGCUGUUCCAGUACUUUCAGGAUGUUGCCACCAAGUACGGACUUCCCGACAAGAGCACUCUCAACACCGAAAUUGUGGAGAUGCGAUGGAACGAGAAAACCAAGGAAUAUACCACAACUCUACGAAACGUCAAGACUGGAAACACCCACACUCACCGAUCCAAGGUGGUGUUUGUGGGCCGAGGAUGUCUCGUGGCCCCUAACAAGCUUAACCUGCCUGGUCUCGAGACCUUUAAGGGACCCGUCAUGCACACUGCCCAAUGGGACCAUAAGAACUCCAUUGUCAACAAGAACGUGGUUGUUGUUGGCCACGGUUGCUCUGCUGUGCAGGUUGUGUCUGAUAUUGCACCAAAGUGUAAGACCCUGACCCAGUUUGCCCGGUCUCCACAGUGGAUUAUUCCUCGAAUCGAAAAGAUUCUUCAUCCUGGCUUCAUGAAGUUCCUAUCUUACAUUCCAGGAGCAGUCCAACUAACUCGGCUGGUGCUCUUCUUCCUGCUCGAGUACUCGUGGACCAUGUUCUCUGGAGCUUGGUGGUCAAAGCUUGACAACAGAAUCAAGUCCACUCUGACAUCCAGAUGGAUGCGAUCUAAAGUGCCCGCCAAAUAUCAUGACGUCAUUGUGCCCAAGUUCUCCAUGGGCUGCAAGCGAACCAUCUUUGAUCCCGGUUACCUCAAGCAGCUGUGGCUUCCCACCAUGGAAUUGUCCUUUGACCCUAUUGUCAAGGUCAAGGAGCAUUCAGUGGUGUCCCGAAACGGCCUCGAGUACCAGGCCGACGUCAUUAUCGACGCCACUGGCUUUGAUAUCCCUAAGUCAAUCUCAGGACUCAAGGUCAUUGGAGAGAAUGGAAUCGAACUGGACCAGUUUUGGAACGGAAGAGUGUCUGCAUACGAGACCGUCCAAGUGCCUAACUUCCCCAACCUCUUUUUCAUCUUCGGACCCAACGCCUUGACCGGUCACAACUCAGUCACCUUUGCUAUCGACAAUUCUCUGGUCUAUGUUGACAAGGUUGCCAGAGAUCUUGUGUCUGGUAAGCCCAACUGCACGUACGUGUCAGUGUCCGAGGAGGCCUACGACAAGUGGGUUGACGACGUCCAGGAGGCCACUUCUAAGACCACCUUUGGAUCGGGAGGCUGUGCUUCCUGGUACCUCGGUGCCAACAAAUACAACGGCACCACCUAUCCCUGGACUCAGAUUCGAGCUUGGUGGCACUCGCAUUUUCCCAACCAGAAAGAUAUCAUCCGACAUUAA